CGCGGUCCAGUGGCUGAGCCGGCCGGCAGCUCGCGGCGUUCCAACGGCGGUGCCAAUGCAGUACGGCCAGCAGGAUGCGUACGGCCAGCAGGUGCCGUACGCGCAGGGCAUCUACUCGCCCGGCGGCACCUACGCGGCGCCGCCAGCCGCGGGGCAGUACGUGGACCCGUCGUACGCGGCGUCUCCGGCCGCCAUGUACGGACCACAGCCGUACGCCACCGAUGCGUACGGCCAACCGGUCAUGCCUUCGCCCUCCAACGCCGUGAUGUCACCCAUGACGACGUACGAUCCGGGCUACGCCAACUACAUGUACGGGAUGCCGCCGCCACGAAGCCCUAGACGAUACGUCAUCCAAUCCCCAAGGCGCAGGUCCGCGUUCAACACCGACAGCAUCCUCACCGUGCUCAUCGUGUGCGGUACGCUCUUCCUCGUGUUCCUCGCCAUGCUGCUCAUCGUGACGGUCGUCGUGCCCAGGCUUGCCAGGAGGUCACACUCAGGUCACAGGGCGAGGAGGCACGAGUUCCCCAACGAGCUCGAAAACCUGGCCGACGCUGAGUUUCCCGUGGAUGUGCCCCAGAUGAGUCCACUCGCCAAGGCCGACCAAACCGAUUCCAAGCUCAACUCCGCCGGCGCCGACCACGGAUCUAAGCACGGAAAGAAGGACCCCGAGAUGGCCAGGCAUGUCAAGAGCCGCACAAAAGGAUAGCAACCCUGAGGGCCG